AUGAGCCUACCGACUUCGUUUCGAGCUGUUUACAAGCAGCUGGGUGAACAAGAGAUUGAUGUGGAUGUUUACCUGCCUUCCGUCACUAAUAAAACUACAAAAUGUCCAGUCUUAAUUAACAUCCAUGGAGGGGCUUUUAUGCUCGGGUCCUCCAAGAUGGUCAACAAAGACCAGGUAUCAGACUGUCUUAGGCGAGGAUGGAUAGUGCUAGCUCUAAAUCAUCGGCUUUGUCCCCAAGUGAAUCUUUUGGAGGGCCCGAUGCAAGACUGUCGAGAUUUACUGGCUUGGGUGUAUGAUGGAGGUCUCGAAACAGCUCUGGGCAAAGCGAGCUCAGCACUCGUACCAGAUCUCGACCAUGUCUUUGCAUUCGGCACCUCAUCUGGUGGGCAUUUGUCACUCUGCUUGGGCUUUGAUGUUCCUCGUCCGGUCGCAGGAAUCUACGACAUGUAUGGACCUAGCAACUUUGCGGACGACUUCUGGACGACAAGGCUUGAGGGCAUGAAGCUACCACCUGGACUCACAGACUCGUUCCUCAACAAAGUAUUUGACGAGGACCCGGUCCCCAUCACUGGAGGCGUCUCCCUCGAAGGCCAGGCAACAGGACCUCCAGAUUUCAGCGAUCCCCGCCAAGCAUAUGCCCUGACACAACUAGCCAACGGCACCGUCCUCGAUGCCAUCUUUCCUUCGAAAGACUGGAGCAAAGUCGACCCUGCAUUGAACGUCGACUCCUCGUUUCCUCCGACUUUCAUCGUGCAUGGCGAUGCAGAUACAAAAGUCCCGAUUCAUCUGAGUAGAAAGUUGCUUGAUGUGCUAAAGCGGAAUGGUGUUGAGUGCGGGAUGGUGGAGGUUCCUAGGGAGGAGCAUACUUUUGCGGCCAAGAUGGAAGUGGGAUCUGUUACUUGGAAUCUUCAGAGACAGGGCUUUGACUUUCUCGAGUCGUUAAUUAAGUAG